AGUAGUAAUGUCACUUCAUCGCUACCGCGAAAUACGAAUGAAAAUUAGGCGAACCUUGGAAGUAAACACGAGUUUCAAAGUAAAAUUCAAACUUUAUCUUUCCAGACAAGUUUUGCUGAUUGAAAUGACUGAUUGCUGAAAGACAGGGCAGGACGAUGGAGGGCUCUGGCCAGUUCUUCCAGCUGGAUGAAGAUGACAUGUUUAGCAGUGAUAGCUUUCUAGAGGAGCUGGAACAGGUAGAGAAAGUGGAACAUGCUGUCUUCAAGUCCAAGCAAGCAGUAUCUCAUCAUGUACCCCAGCAAAACAGCUUCAACAAUACUAGCAAGGCAGCUCCUUCCAUGCCUACAAGGAAUGCAACACCAGUCUUACCUCAAGUAAAAACUCCAGUUAGUGGUGGGGGAAGAAAGUUUUCAUUCAAAAGUAAAACAUCACCUGAAAUUCCACUACCUCCUGACAUUGGUAACCAAAAGCAAAGAGAGUCGACUGAUAAUAUUGAAGAAAGGAUUGGGAACCUCCUUCCAAAACUGUCAGUGGUGGCCAUCGAAGUGGGGGGACAUUAA